UGGUUUUCCCAUUUGGCAGUCACGUCAUAAAUCAAAUAUUACAAUCUACAAUAGUCAAACACUACGAAAAAAUGAAAAUAAGACACGUUUUUGCAGUGAAUGAAUUAUAACUACCCAACAAAUGCGUUAAUUCAAUUAACCAAACAAAUUCCGCAAUUAGUGUUUAGAAAAACAAGUACAGCUCAUCAAGUUCAGCCGUUUUCAAGACAAUACAUAAUCAUGAAUUGUUUGACGAUAUUGUGUCUAAUAAGCGUAGGUUCCUACGUCGGGUGUGCUCCCACGAAGCCUGACAACCCAAAGACUUUUUACGAUGCAGUUAUAGAAAAAUGUCCUUUACUUCAAGCUCGUAUGUCCUUAAAAAACCACCCGAUUUUCACAGCUUGUACAAACUGGACGGCUAUUAGCGAAGUAAACAAAUUAAGUGGUGAAAAUGUUAAAGACGUUCGAUGUUUGCUUUACUUUGAAUCUUUCACGGAACUGUGCACCAAGACGCCGAACGUAAACAUAAGUUUGCUGAACUCUGUACUGAUCGAAUACCCACUGGAAGCGGUGUGCGAGUAUGCGAAAAAUACUUCUAAUAAAAAUUUGAACGCAAUAUUUUCGAGUGCACACAGCUGCAAAAAAAUCUGUCUCGAUGAUUUUGGAAUGGUGUAUUCAAUUUGCAGGAUUUCUUACAACUUUGCCCACUAUCAACCAGUGCAAGAUCAAGAGCCACCAAAAGUCGUCGAGAGCCAAGACGCUAAAAAUGAACAUCCUUCAGAACAGAACACUGAAACUAAUACUGGCGAAGUUCUGAACAACAAGAAUUCUAAGGUUGACAAAGUUGCUGCAAAUGCAGCAAAAAAUCAUGGACCAGUAUCAGCUGAGGGCGCAGUUCAUCCUGUGAUAAAACCUAAUUCUAAUGGAGUUCCUGCACUUCCUGGUACAGAUAAUGAAGGGGAUACUGGGAAUCAGGAGGUUGCACCAGAGGUGGGUGCACCUGCACAGCAACCGGUUGUGGAUCAUGAGGAGCAAAAUAGAGAUGCUAAAGAUAAAGCAAAGGAUGGGGUGGAGCCCGCGCAACAGGACAUUGCUGCUUCUGCUACGCUCGACGUACCCACACAAGUGCAGUCAGCAGAGGUACAUGAGGUUAACGAGGACGCUAAUCAAAAACCUGAAACUGUAAAUCAGAAACCAGACAAUACGAAAACGGUUCAGAGUAGUCCUAAAGAGGUUGAAAGUACUAAUGAAGACACAGCCAUGGAUAUCUUGGAAGAUAAGGGGAGUCAAAAUCUACCGGUGAACGGAGAUCCUGACGUCGGCGAUGAUGAUGUCGAUUUAACAGAUGGGGCAGCAGAGGAAGAAAACUUGGCAGCCAAUUCUGUCCACGCUGAAAAAGAUUCAAAGCCCAUGAAAACGGACGAAUCCGAACCAGCGAACUACAACACAGAAAUGGACGGCGAUUCCAAUUUCUUCACCUAUUUUAUGCUUUUAUGUAUUAUUUUCAUUGUUGCUUACGUGUGCUACCACAACAAGCAGAAGAUUCUUGCACUGAUCUUGGAAGGGAGAAGAGGUAAAAGACAAUACCGAGGGCGCCGACCGAAUUCCGCCAAUUAUCACAAAUUGGACAGCAAUUUGGAGGAAGCGAUAACUUCGUCGUGUAAGAAGAACACAAACAAUGUGAUUUAUUAGGUAAGAGUUUCCGAAUUCUCAAGCGAGUCCAGAUUUUCCUAAGUUAAAUUUGAAUGUAAAAUAUGUAAAUAAAAAAUAUACACGCAUCAAUUUUUGUAACUUUAUACAAUGUGGAUUAUACAUAUUGGAUAGCCGAUAGGUUGUGCGGUUCUCACCGAUAAGUUAACGUUCAGGUACUUUCGUUUCACUUUAAGGUUGAAUAAUGGUCUAGUUUUCUUAGAAUUGUCUUAAUUUAUUUAAAUAAUGUUUAAUAAAAAUUUUCGUAUCUA